UUAACAGCAACAAAAUGUGGUUUAUUAAUUUAUUGUUCUGUGUUUUUGUGUCUCAUGUAAUCGCCUAUUCAACUUAUGGAACUGAAUCAAAUGGACAUAUGCAAAGGAGAAAUAUUAUUGAGGUACCUCCAUCGACUAUGAAUGAGCUUCCUUGCCUCGCAAUCGGAGGAAAUUGCUUAAGCAUAAAUAUGUGCCCUGAAGACAGGCGGUCACUGGGUAAAGGAUUGUGCCCUGUGCAAGAACAGCAAGGCAUUGAAUGUUGUGACAUAAGAUCUUUAACGGGAGAAGCAUGUGCUAAAGAUGGAGGGGUGUGUGUCUCUCGAUAUGAAGAUUGUGAAGAAAAAAUUACAUUUUUCGAGGGUGGCGAUUGUUCGAUAAAUGAAAAAUGCUGCUGAUGAAUAAACAUCACAACAGUAAUAAUAAUAAAGUUUUGAAAAUAAUACGCUAAAGUAUAAAAAUCUCAAAUAUCAUGAAGUAUCUAGUUCUAUCAUGGAAAGAAUAAAGUUGCAUAA